AUGCUGCGCGUGGAGAAGCAGCAUGCCAUGAUCCUACGAUGGAACAUCUCACGGCCAAGCUUAUACCAAGUUGGGAAGGAGGCUUGUCGACCUCUUGCCCGAUGCUUGGCAAGCCGCGGGGUCCUUCUUGCUUUUGUUCGUGUCGACCCCAACUUUGUUGGCAACACAACAACCACGACAUCUUCAUCUCCAUCAUCAUCGUCCAUCAUCCAGGACGUUUAUCAUUACUUGAUGCUUGCUCCCUACGUCAAUAUCGAAGCUUUUAUGAAAGAAUGGAGAUCCCGUGCUCCUUCCACUCAUCGCGGUUUCGGUAAUCAGUCUUCGGCAGCCAUCACUUCCCACAGUAAAUCUUCAGCACUACUCGCCAUCAACAGAAACCCUCAAGAUUGGGUUCCCUUCCCUAGCCAUGGUGGUCCUCGGCCACUCGUCUCUGCUCGCUAUAACAAGGAUGCAGCCAGGAUUUGGGGAAUUGGUCUCGGUAUCUUCGGUGGUGUUUUCCUGAUUCCGUUAAUCAUCGCGUCAUGCCUCACGAUUCGCUACAUCCGGAAGAUGCAACGCCAGGCUAGCGAAGAGGCACCAAGAGACAUGACAUUGGAGCAAGUACCAGUCUUGCAAACUUCAGCCCAGUCUCCCUCGUCACCAUCGUUGUCCUCAUUCUCUUUGAACGCGUCUUCGCAACAUCCGGAAAUGCAGUACUAUGGUCCGGUGGACAAUUUGGUCGAUGGUAUGAUUCUUCCAAAUACAUCUGGCGGCUUUGCAUCUGUAAGUCCGGCCUCUCCGACUGUGAAUGCACAAUGA